UGGAACUAACCGUGGGUGGCAAUUUGACAGCCCGCAUCGUCAAACAAAACAGCCGCAUGCAUGUUUUUGUUAUGAUUUUUCAGUCCGGUCGGUAAAUUUGGUAAUUGUUUUACGCAAGAGAUUCGAUUAAACGAUGUCCAAUUUGUUUCAGAAAGCUUUACUGCAGUCGCGUUUGCCGCUGGUCUGUUUUAAACGCUUCCGAGGGAAAAUAAACAUUCAACGUCCCCGUGCACCACAUUACGAAAGGGCUCGCGUUCUGGAACUCGUCAAACCGGUCUACAAGCUACCCGAUUUCAAUGCUCCCUGUUUGGAGGAAAAUGCCGCCAAGGCAAUCCAGAAGGUGGACAAUCCCUACGAAACGAUCAUUGCCCGGGAAGUCCGGAACUGGCUAGAGCACAGUAAAAUGGUUGCAUUCAUCCACCUGAACUCGAUCAAACAGGAAGAUUUUUUCAAAGUGCAGGUUGCACUGCAUCGGUAUCAAAUGAAGGUUAAAAUGUACAGCAAAUCAGUCAUUAAACUUGCUGUUGAUGGAACCAAAUUCGAAGCUAUUAAGCCCCUGUUUGAUACCAAAACGGUUCUAAUAUUCUGUCCAGAUGAGAGCAAAAUUAAACAGCUGCUGAAUGUGCUCAAGAAAACACCACAGUUUAUACUGAUUGCCGGAAUCGCACACGGUCGGUUUAUGAGCAAAAAUGAGUUCGUCGACUUCGCGUCAAUGCCGGAUUUGACCACGACUCGGGCGCAGUUGGCGGCGGUUUUGGACAGCGCCGGAGCCAAGGUUGUGAGCGAUUUGGAGAGUCAUCAAAACCAAAUUGUCGGUAUGCUGGAGGCGUACAUGCGGCAACAAGAUGAGGGAAGUAGUGAUAAAAGUUAAAUUUAUUUUGCGCUAGAUUGAAUGUUUUAGUGAAUAAAAUGAACAAUUAAAACUACA